UGACAGACAAACAUACCCUUAACAAAAUAAAGAGGUCAAAAUGCUGUCCUUAAGUUUUAGUAGCUUUAUGCUCGUUCUGCUCUUCAUUUUGCUAUUCAUAAACGAUGCUAUUGCUCAUACUGACAAAGGUAAACAAAAUUUUGUGGUCAAUGAAGCUGGAAAUGAUAUUGUUAAGGCAGGAAGGAACCACCUUAGUGUGGAGAAGGAAGUUAUUGAAUUUGAAGGUAUAACUCCAGCAUCUAUUCAAUUUGCCAGUGACAGAGUUGGAGGAAGAAAGACAAUGUUGGAGCAAAGGAAUAUGAAGCAAAGUACUAAGAAAAUUAAAGCCAUGCCAAGUAAAGGGCAGGGAAAACUGAGAAUGCAAAGUAAAUUAAAUGGCAGAAAUAGCCAUUCUGAUAAUGUGAAGGUCAAUAGAGGAAGUUUCACAGCAUUCAGUGCUGAUUAUCACAUGCCAAGAACACACCCUCCAAAGAAUAACUGAGCUACACAAUUCUUGAAUUUUUGACGUAUCAUCAUAUUCUUUACUCUUUAUAGUUAGAUGCUCUUGUGAAAACAACUAAUUAUAUAUCGUUAUGUAUCUAAUAUUGGAAAAUCAAGCAAAGAUCUAAAGGAUUUUCAAGUUUUCAUUUGCUACAUGCAGUUUUCUUUUCUUGUUCCUUUCUCAUUGUACUAUAUAGUUAAUAAUGUUAAUGUUACAGUUUUAAUUCGUGUUA